AUGGACCCUCUUCAUAUCAUCCUGGUGGUCCUGCUGGGCCUUCUUGUUCCGUCCAUGGCUGCCGUUCCACGCCAAAUGGCUGGUGGCCACAUUGGCAACACCGAUAUGGACUACAACGGCGACCACACCUCGGACAAGGGACUGACAGGACGUCAGAGCGUCGUCCCUCGGGGUCUUGAAGGCAUGCUCAUUGAAUACGAGAUCCAGUGCGACUCGGACCCAGAUACGACAGAGCCGCCACCCGGAUUCAAACAGGGGAAGGUCCUUUCCAACAAGUUCUGCAGAGACUGGUGGGAGUGCAACUCCGACGGCAAGAAGAAACAAAAAAUGGAAGUUCCGAAGGAGUGGAAGCCAAAGGGCCAGUCCUCGGCCAAGGGAAAUGUGAAGUGGUGCAAGGAUCAUUGCAAGUGUGUUGUGGUGGACAAGCCUGUGGAGCACGCUUCUUGGAACUAUGGCUGUGUUGACCCCUAUGGUGCCUAUAUGCAGGGUAGCUACGGCAGUGUUGCUCGAGAUAUAGACUUGACCGGACCUCCUCUGAGUGAUGAUGGGCUGGCGAUGGAGGCUUUUGACGGCCCACCUCGGAAGGGCUGA